AUGAUUCCAAGAGCAGUAGUUAAGGAAGUGGUAAAGUAUAGUAGUCGAAGCUUGAUAUAUAGAACAUUCACCAUUAGUAGGUGUAUUAGAAAUGGCGGACAAAGUGAUACAGGUGACGAAGCAUCUUCUAUUCCUUGGUAUUUAAGAACAGAAAAUAGAUCUCAAGCUGAAAACAUUGUUGAAUUGAAAACCUAUGAUUUUCCAGCAGAUCUCCCCUCUAGGGUUCAAGAGAUUUUAAAAUUGUUAGAGGUUAAAUAUGGGUUGACUGAUUUUAAAGUGUUUGAUUUAUCUUUACUUCCUGUAGAUCAUCCCAAGAGUGUGGAGAAUCAAUCUAGUGAACGGUAUGUUAUAAUUGCUUCGGGAAAGUCUGAAAAACAUAUAUAUAAAGCUUCAUACGAUUUAAAGCAGCACAUCAAAAACGAAUACGGUUACCAGUCACAGAUAGAAGGCAUGGUUUCGAACUCUAUCAGUCCUACAAUGCGUAGACGACUAGCCAAGAGAGCGAGACAGGGGCCACCUGCUACGCAUAAAACUUAUGGAAUUGAACCAAAUACAUGGGUAAGAUGUGAGAUUGGAGUUGAUGGUGCAGUGGUGCAUAUUCUAAGUCCCGAGAGAAGAAAAGAAUUGCAAUUAGAGCAAUUGUACCAAGAAAAGCAGGACCAGGAUGAUGUGCAAGAGCAAGAUGUUACAGGGGGAGCAAGGAUUGCAGCAGAUACAACCUUAGAUAAGGAAAGUAUCUUUUAUGGGUUGCGGAGAGGUUUUCAUACGUCUACUCAAAAGUGCAAGUGCAGUAAUGCUUCUGUUGAUGCUGCUCAACACAUGGACAUGGACACGGACAUGGACCUUGUUUACAAUCAGCUAUUGGGAGAGGAAAACACAGUAAACCUUAAAGGGUAUAAAGAGAAAUUUGAUCUGCUUUUUGAAGCAAGCCCGGUACAGUUACUGUCCAUUGACAAGAGAUUCCAGUUCUAUAGAGCUUUACAUCUUGUGGAUCCAUCAGUUGCUUCUCUCGAUUUAGUUGAGAGGAUCUUGUUGGAAAAGUAUGCCUCGUUUGAACUUGUCUCGCAACAAAUUGAUUGGAACUUGGAAAUUGUAAAUGACACUAUAAAAUAUAUGGAGUUGUUGGUGGAUACACCAACAAUAGGUAUAAGCUCGGCCGAGAAACUUGACAAAUUAUCCCGGUUUAUAUCCAAAACGGCGACUUUUUUAACUGAUGAAAUUCACUUUUUUGCGGUGGAAAGAUUUCAAGUGUUAUUGUGGGCUUUAACUUGUGAGCAAAACACUUUUAUAAAUGCUUCUAAAAUCAACUCGAUAAUUGAACUUGGAGGUGAAAAUUUGGAAACGACAAAAAAAACUGCGAUAAUCAGUCAAAACGAGCAAGGAACUCGGGAUGUAAGAGAAAUGUUUCGUCGUAUUAAUUAUGGCAAACGUGGUGCAAUACCUCUUUGGUUAAGAGAACAGAUGUUAUUUACUUAUGCCAACACGAGACACUGGAAGUACUUUUGGCGAGAAUGGACCGGUUUAAGGCUCUCAAUCAGUAUCCCUUCUGAGUUUUUGCAUUAUUUCGUAAGAGUUAUAAUUCUCUUGUCAAUCAUUAACGACAAGAUCGUAUUAAGAGACUUUUUUGGAAAAUUUUGGAAUAAUGCCAAUGGUGUUUCCAUCAUUGGAGAAUUUGAAAAGAAUAACAAACUUUUCAAUAGCGAGAAUGAGAAAUUGGCAUUUAAAAAGGCUCUAUUACUCAUCUACAAAAACCAUUGUAAUAGCUUUUGGAUACAAGAUGCCUACGAAUUCGCAAACCGUCUAUAG